AUAAGUAGGUGAAAGGUGAAUGAACUCUCCGUUGUAAACAAACUGCAUUUAAGUCUGGCCCUUUGGUCCAUGAAAAUUAGCCGUCACCGCAGUGCAUGGUUAAGUCCAGAAAGCAGACUUCAUGUGUGUAAAGCAUGGUGGUGGUUGGUUUAGCACUGCGGUUGUGAUCCACUCGGUCUUCGGCUACUGUGUGGAAAAGGGAACAGUGAAGUGUGUUUCAUCGGGCCCCAGAAAGAGAACGUUGAGUCAUGGCCAAAAGCAAGUUCGAGUACGUCCGUCAGUUCGAGGAGGUUGACAAGCUGCUACCGAAUUGUUGGAUUGUGAUGCGUCUCGAUGGCAGAGGUUUUCACAAAUUUGCUGAUGCCCAUCAUUUCACCAAGCCGAACGACACCAGGGGACUGGGGCUGAUGAACUUCUGUGCAGCAUGUGUGAUGGAGGAAUUCAAGGACGUCGUCCUUGCCUAUGGGCAGAGUGAUGAGUAUAGCUUUGUGUUCCGCAGAGAAACAACACAGUUCAGCAGGAGAGCAAGCAAGCUGAUGACCAACAUGGUCUCCCUCUUCUCAUCUUGUUUUGUGUUCCACUGGAGUAAAUAUUUCCCAGACCAACAACUGCUGUAUCCCCCAGCCUUCGAUGGCCGCAUUGUGUUGUAUCCUAGCAACCAGAACCUCCGAGACUACCUCAGUUGGAGACAGGCAGAUUGCCAUAUCAACAACUUGUACAACACCUGUUUCUGGAAACUGGUUCAAGAGGGCGGACUGACCAAUACGCAAGCUGAGGAGAGACUUAGAGGGACUUUUUCAUCAGACAAGAAUGAGCUUUUGUUUUCGGACUUUGGGAUUAACUACAACAAUGAACCUGAAUGGUUCCGCAAAGGAAGCGUGCUGAUUUGGAAAACAGUGGAUGAGGUGACAGUGAAUCGAUGCAAGAGCAAAGAAACGGACGAGGAGAUCGAACGGGAGGUUGUCCGGAAACGACGGAAAGUGGAGUUGCUUCACACUGACAUCAUUGGAGAGGAGUUCUGGACCGAUCGCCCCGAGAUUCUUGCCAAAAGUUGAUGUCUGCCGGACCAAUUAUUACUGCUACUUGAAGAUAAUUCUAGAAAUGAAACUAACGAUGCUUCAAAAGCACCUGUGGAACUGUAGCUAGGACUGAAGAAGGCAGCCUGUGGAAAGAAGACAAUUAAGAAAAGCUGGGACCAAGAGGUGGUGGAAAAGGAAAAUCUCAGAUAAAUAUUCUUUGGAAAAUCAUGGCAUCAGGUGGAGACCGAAAAUCCAACUGACAUGUCGGCCUGGGUUCGAAGGAUUACUUGCAAGUGUCAAUAUGAUGUUGUACAUGUAGUUCCCUGAGACCUGAAGAAAUCAAUGGCCUGAAGACUAUGAAAAAAAAUGUUCAGAUUUUAUAGAGGUUAGUAUUUUAAGGAAACCCCGGCAUUCAGUGCAAGGGACUGAAAACCCAAUCCACAUGUCAACCUUGGUAGGAAUGAACCCAGGACAUAGACUGGAAGUAAGGAAGGCAAGGAAAGAUCCACUAAGCCAACCGGACUCCCAGCAUGGGAAAAGUGUGAAAAAUAUCUCAUAUUCUCUGCUUCCUCAAAGUUCUUGAUCUGUUCACAUUUAUCCAGCAACAAUCAUCCCAGCUUUGGCGGUGGGAUUUAUCAACACGUGUUCUGUCACGUCAUUUCAAUCACAACCAAAAGUCACGAGCAGGAACUACAAAUUUGGAUUUCAAAUAAAAAAAGUUUCAACUUACACGUACUAGUUUUCACUGUUUUAUUUCAGUGUUCUGAGACAAUCCAUGUAUACGUAUAUUAUACCAGGAGUUAAUUUCACUUAAAGAAACAAUUGCUACAUUUGUACCAAUACAUAUCAAGCAGUAUUUCUAGUACUGAUAAUUUAGUUAUACUGUAAACCAAGCUUGUGCACCUCAAGAAGCAGAAACAACUGCUUGAUUU